UUUUUCUACAGCUGCUGCAGUUUUUGCGGAACUGACACUACUUCCUGAUUUAGGUUUAGUCGUUUGUCAAAGUAUGGCGACCCUCCUGCAUUUCACCGUAGCUAUUCUACUAACUCUCCUCCAUCAACCAGUGUCGCGUGCUGAGACCCCUGUGUUUGUGCUGAAGGGACAGGAUGUUCGUCUGGAUGUCCAGGGAAAGGAAGACCUCACAAAUAAUACUUUUUUGAUAUGGAAGUUUAACAAAUCACAAAUUGUAGUAACAUACCUCUUUACACAGAGAGCUGGUAUAGUUACUCCUGUGUAUAAUGGAAGGGUUGAGUUUAGUGAGGGAAACUUCUCUCUGCUACUGAAGAAACUACAGGAAGGAGACAGUGGACACUAUGAUGUAGUAGUGACUGGUACUGAAGAAAGAAAUGUUGGUGCAUACUUGAUCAAAGUCCAAGAGAGAGUUGAGCCUCCAGUCCUGACAGUGGACUCUAACUCCAACAUCAAUGGCAUCUGUAACGUGACUGUGACCUGCAGAGGUCAGAAAACCUCUGUCACCUCCAGCUGUAACAACAGCACCUGCUCUCAGGUGGGAGGAGAGAGUAGAGGGGCUGAGACCUCCACUGUCCCCCUGCUCUCUGUCUAUGUGGCAGGGGGUUCCAUCAUCUGUAACCACAGCAACCAAGUCAGCUGGGCCAGCGACAAGAAAGAGAUAAAAAAGAUUUGUCCAUUGAAAUCAAAUCAAGACGGGAAGCUGGCGGUCCACUACAACACUCUCACAGUCAUCAUCAUCAUCGUCGUCGUCUUAGUCAUCAUUGCCUUGAUUUGUAUUGGUCUUCGGGGAAAGCUAAAUAAAGGUGACAAAGAGGACGUCAUAAACACAGAUUAUGCUACAGUUGGGAAUCCAGGUAACAGUCAAGCAGGUGGUGAAGAGCAGGCGUCUCCAGGUCCAGAAUCACCCUCCAUCUACAGUAUGGUGGGACAUCCCCACAACCAGCCUGUGAACCAGCCCACCAUGGUGGGAGACCAGCCUCAGCUUGUAGACAUCUCCAUGACCUCCAUGCCUGAGAGUUUAUAUGCUGUGGUGGGGGAAAAGACUUGCAGAAAAUAAUCUGGAAUUUUAUCAUCAUCUUAGUCUGGGAUUCAACCCGUUUGCUCUUUGUUGUCUAGUCACCUUUUAAAGGAAAUGUUCACACGUUCGGUGAGACAGCAUUCAUGAUGCUGCAUAAAUGCUGCAUAUCUCGGCUCAAUCUGAAAUUAUAUUUAAAUGGUGCGGACGACAAAGCGUGAUUGGAUUGAAUUCUGGCCUAAGGCCUAGAUUCAAUCAGGAAGUGGAAGUUCCACAAUAUAGCUCAAUUGAAAUUGAAAGGCAAUGUUCCCACGUUCACAGAGACUGCGAUCAUGGUAAACGUUGCAUAUGUCGACUCAAACAGAAAUGACCGCUAUAACGCAGAUCUUCCGAGGUCCGGCCAAAUUCAAUCCAAUCACGCUAUGGCUGUGUUUAGACAGGCAGCCAAAUUCUGAUAUUUUUGGUCUUUUGACCAAUCACAUCAGAUGUGAUUGGUCAAAAGACCAAUUAGUGAAAAAAAAUCUCAAUAUUGGGCUACCUUUCUAAACGCAGCUUUUGUUUUCUAGCAUUUACUCUCUUUAGGCACUUUGCUCUAAAUAGCCCUGUUUAUACCUGGUUCUAACAUUCGUUCUUUGUCCUGAUCUUGUCCACUUUCUGAUUGUGCACACAAUUUGACAGGUGUAGACAAUCAAAAGACACAUUGGCUGUGUUUACACAGGCAGCCCAAUUCAGAUGUUUUUUUACACUAAUUGUUCUUUUGACCAAUCACAUCAGAUCUUUUUCAGAACUGAUCUGAUUAGUCGGUAGUGAUUGUGAUCAGAUCUUCCUCCCCACCUCCGGAGGUAGUUAAGCACGCAUUGUGUCUGGAUAUCGUACAAGUGUAGACAGAUUUGGACAGUGAAACCAUUUUUAUUGUCAUUAUCCCGCCCUCUAAAUAAUUUAGGUGGCACAAUUUACUUAUGGCAUCAAUAUGUGAUUAAAAAUAAAUAUCAACAUUAUUUUGAAAGAAUAUCAGUCAAAUGUUUUGCAUACAAGGAGGGACCAGGAAAUCGGACACCGCAAACUGAUAAGAGACACAUUUUAAUACCAAGUGUAGACGGAUGAUACCAAGUGUAGACGGACAAUCUGAAUGGACAAGAUCAGGACACAUGCCUAUUAGCACUAGGAAUAAAUGUGUAUUUUAGGUGGUCUUCCAGUCAAUGACCAACUAAGCACAGCUGUCUUUGAAAAUGUUAAAUAAAUGCUUUAUUACUUGUAAUUUA